GCCGCUCCGCCAGCUCGGGCAGCGCUGUCCUCGCCCGCCCUCCCCGCGCCGAGGCUGCCCACGGAAUGAGCGUCCCCGGGGCGGCUGCCGCUGCCGCCUCCACUCGGGCUCCGGCGGGCGGGCAGAGAGCGCGGCUGCCGGCGCGGUCGCUGCGGCGGGAGCGGAGUGAAUGACCGAGAGGAGCGGCGCGGAGAGGCAGCCCCGGGAUCAGGAUGCGGGCGCCCGCCGGCAUCCUCAACCUUCUGCUGCUAUCCUUGCUGGCCGGCCUCGAUCCCUCCAAGACUCAGAUUAGCCCCAAGGAAGGGUGGCAAGUUUAUAGUUCAGCCCAGGAUCCUGAUGGCCGUUGCAUUUGCACUGUUGUUGCACCUGAACAAAACCUAUGUUCGAGAGAUGCCAAAAGCAGGCAGCUCAGACAACUACUAGAGAAGGUUCAGAACAUGUCCCAGUCUAUUGAAGUUCUAAAUCUACGGACUCAGAGGGAUUUCCAGUACGUUUUAAAAAUGGAAACGCAAAUGAAGGGGCUGAAGGCCAAGUUCCGGCAGAUUGAGGAUGAUCGGAAGACGUUGAUGACAAAGCACUUCCAGGAGUUGAAAGAAAAGAUGGAUGAGCUUCUGCCACUGAUCCCAGUUCUGGAACAAUACAAAACUGAUGCCAAGCUGAUCACACAGUUCAAGGAGGAAAUUAGGAAUCUGUCUACUGUGCUCACUGGGAUUCAGGAAGAAAUUGGUGCCUAUGACUAUGAGGAACUGCACCAGCGUGUAGUCAAUUUAGAAACCAGGCUUCGUGACUGCAUGAAAAAGCUCACAUGUGGCAAAUUGAUGAAAAUUACAGGCCCCAUUACAGUGAAGAUAUCUGGAACCCGAUUUGGAGCCUGGAUGACGGAUCCACUGGCAUCAGAGAAGAAUAACCGAGUCUGGUACAUGGAUAGUUACACCAACAAUAAAAUCGUCCGUGAAUACAAAUCCAUUGCAGACUUCGUCAGUGGGGCCGAAUCAAGGACAUAUAACCUUCCAUUCAAAUGGGCAGGAACCAACCACGUUGUCUACAAUGGCUCCCUCUAUUUCAACAAGUACCAGAGCAACAUCAUCAUCAAGUACAGCUUCGACACGGGGCGGGUGCUGGCGCAGCGUAGCCUGGAGUACGCUGGCUUCCACAACGUCUACCCCUACACCUGGGGUGGCUUCUCUGAUAUCGACCUGAUGGCAGAUGAAAUUGGGCUGUGGGCCGUCUAUGCCACCAACCAGAACGCAGGCAACAUUGUCAUCAGCCAGCUGAACCAGGAUACGCUGGAGGUGCUGAAGAGCUGGAGCACGGGCUACCCAAAGAGAAGUGCAGGAGAAUCCUUCAUGAUCUGUGGCACCUUGUAUGUCACUAACUCGCACUUAACAGGAGCCAAGGUCUACUACUCCUACUCCACAAAAACCUCCACUUAUGAGUACACAGACAUUCCUUUCCAUAAUCAGUAUUUUCAUAUAUCCAUGCUUGACUACAACGCAAGAGAUAGAGCUCUCUAUGCCUGGAAUAAUGGACAUCAAGUCCUGUUUAACGUCACCCUUUUCCACAUCAUUAAAACUGAGGAUGACACAUAAUUUUAUUUCCCUUACCCCUCCCUCCCUCAAAGCAGUCUCAUUUGUGAUUAACUCUAAAAGCAUCCAUCUCUCUCAGUUCCUUUUAAUUUACAUUUCUUUCUUCAUUAAACAAAAGCAACAUUUUCUACUGUGUAAUGCAUCACAAAUAUGGCUGAACCUGUCAAAAAUGACCUGUCAGAGAUAAAAAGCAUCUUAACUCAUGAUUUUGCAAGGUCUGUCAAGACCUUGUCUUGAAAAGCACUAAAGAGGAUUUAAAUGGCUAAAGACAGUUUUUAAAAGAUCAUGAUCUGCCUUAUUUUAGAGUCAGAGACUAAUGGUGGCUUAAAUGCAUGAAUGUCUUUUUUUACCUCAUUUUUUGUUUUAAUAUAUUGCUUAACUUCAGGAAAUAUUUCAGUAGUGUCAGACACAUAUUGCACAUUGUAUUUUUUUAUUUAUUCCGAAAAACAGAUUUAGUAGGAAUUUAAUUUUCUUAGACAAGGCGUAUGGUUCAUUUUGCCAUCAUCCAAUUUCAGAUGUGGUGCUGUACAGUAUGUUUUUAAAUCUCUUGCAAACAUUUUAUCAACAGUAUGUAUUUCUACCAUUGUAACCACCAUUGUGCAAUUGUAUCUCUUCACUUAUGUGAAAGUAAACUAAGUACUAUUUUUUAUAAAAUAUAUUGAAGCUUAAUUGCA